UCGGGUGGGCGUGGCCUGAGGGGUGACGGGCUGGAGGGACGGAGCCGGGGCUGGCGGGUACCGGGAGGCGCAGACACGGAGCGAGGGAGCCCAGGAGCCGCCGCCGGUGAUUCUUAGAGACUUCAACUCACAAUGUCUCAGAGAGUGGGGCAGGAUGACCCCGAGCGAUACCUCUUCGUGGACCGCGAUGUGGUCUACAAUCCAGCCACCCAAGCUGACUGGACCGCCAAGAAGCUGGUGUGGGUGCCGUCGGAGAGGCACGGGUUUGAGGCGGCCAGCAUCAAGGAGGAAAAAGGGGACGAGGUGGUGGUGGAACUAGCCGAGAAUGGCAAGAAGGCCAUGGUCAACAAAGAUGACAUCCAGAAGAUGAACCCACCGAAAUUCUCCAAAGUGGAAGACAUGGCGGAACUGACGUGUCUCAACGAGGCUUCCGUGUUACAUAAUCUAAAGGACAGAUACUACUCGGGGCUCAUCUACACGUACUCCGGCUUGUUCUGCGUGGUGAUCAACCCCUACAAGAACCUCCCCAUCUACUCGGAGAAUAUCAUCGAGAUGUACCGCGGCAAGAAACGCCAUGAGAUGCCGCCACACAUCUACGCCAUAUCGGAGUCCGCCUACCGCUGCAUGCUGCAAGAUCGCGAAGACCAAUCAAUUCUUUGCACAGGUGAAUCUGGUGCAGGAAAAACAGAGAAUACCAAGAAGGUUAUCCAGUAUCUGGCUCAUGUCGCCUCAUCACACAAGGGGAAGAAAGACCACGCCAUUCCUGUGAGUUGCUUGCGGGGGAAGCGCGAUGGGGAGUUGGAACGUCAGCUGCUUCAAGCGAACCCCAUCCUGGAAUCUUUUGGAAAUGCCAAAACUGUGAAGAACGACAACUCCUCCCGCUUUGGAAAGUUCAUUCGCAUCAACUUUGACGUGACGGGUUACAUCGUCGGGGCCAACAUCGAAACCUAUCUACUGGAAAAGUCUCGAGCGAUACGGCAAGCCAAGGAUGAGAGGACCUUCCAUAUCUUCUACCAGCUGCUUGCUGGCUCCGGGGAACACCUCCGAUCCGAUCUGCUGCUGGAAGGUUUCAACACUUAUCGUUUCGUGUCCAACGGCUACGUGCCCAUCCCGGGACAACAGGAUAAGGACAACUUCCAGGAGACCAUGGAGGCCAUGCACAUCAUGGGCUUCACUCACGAUGAAAUUCUCUCCAUGCUGAAAGUCGUGUCUUCCGUCCUGCAAUUCGGGAACAUCAGUUUCAAGAAGGAGAGGAACACAGACCAGGCGUCCAUGCCGGAGAACACAGCCGCACAGAAACUCUGCCACCUGCUGGGCAUGAAUGUUAUGGAGUUCACUCGAGCCAUCCUGACGCCACGCAUCAAAGUGGGCAGAGACUACGUACAGAAGGCACAGACAAAGGAACAGGCGGAUUUUGCCGUGGAAGCACUAGCCAAAGCAACCUACGAGCGCCUAUUCCGCUGGCUGGUCCACCGGAUUAACAAAGCUCUCGACCGCACCAAGCGCCAAGGAGCCUCCUUCAUCGGCAUCCUGGACAUCGCUGGCUUUGAGAUCUUCGAGCUGAACUCGUUUGAACAGCUCUGCAUCAAUUACACCAACGAAAAACUGCAGCAGCUCUUCAACCACACCAUGUUCAUCCUGGAGCAGGAGGAGUACCAGCGGGAGGGCAUCGAGUGGAACUUCAUCGACUUCGGCCUUGACCUCCAGCCUUGUAUUGACCUCAUCGAGAGGCCAGCCAACCCUCCCGGGGUCCUGGCUCUGCUGGACGAGGAGUGCUGGUUCCCCAAAGCCACAGACAAGACAUUCGUGGACAAGCUGGUGCAGGAGCAGGGCACCCACUCCAAAUUCCAAAAGCCGCGCCAGCUGAAGGACAAAGCCGAUUUCUGCAUCAUCCAUUACGCCGGCAGGGUGGACUAUAAGGCCGACGAGUGGCUGAUGAAGAACAUGGACCCUCUAAAUGACAAUGUGGCCACCCUCCUUCACCAGUCCACAGACAAGUUUGUGGGCGAGCUCUGGAAAGAUGACAUACAGACUGUACAGAGAGCCUCCUUUUAUGACCACAUAUGUGGAGUAGACCGCAUCGUGGGCCUGGAUCAAGUGGCCGGGAUGACUGAGACGGCGUUCGGCUCGGCCUAUAAGACUAAGAAGGGCAUGUUCAGGACGGUGGGGCAGCUGUACAAGGAGUCCCUGACCAAGCUGAUGGCGACCCUGCGUAACACCAACCCGAACUUUGUGCGCUGCAUCAUCCCCAACCACGAGAAACGAGCUGGUAAAUUGGACCCCCAUUUGGUGCUGGAUCAGCUGAGGUGUAACGGCGUUCUGGAAGGGAUCCGAAUCUGCCGGCAGGGAUUUCCCAACCGCAUUGUCUUUCAGGAGUUCCGGCAGAGGUAUGAAAUCCUCACCCCCAACUCCAUCCCUAAAGGAUUCAUGGAUGGGAAACAAGCCUGCGAGAGGAUGAUCCGGGCACUUGAGCUGGACCCAAACCUUUUCCGCAUUGGGCAGAGUAAGAUCUUCUUUCGUGCGGGUGUGCUGGCGCACCUGGAAGAGGAGCGGGACCUCAAGAUAACCGAUAUCAUCAUUGACUUCCAAGCCGUUUGUCGGGGUUAUCUGGCUAGGAAAGCCUUUGCCAAGAAGCAGCAGCAGCUCAGCGCCCUGAAGGUGUUACAGCGGAACUGCGCCGCCUACCUGAAACUGCGCCACUGGCAGUGGUGGCGACUCUUCACUAAGGUAAAGCCACUGUUACAAGUUACCCGACAGGACGAGGAAAUGCUGGCCAAAGAUGAGGAGCUGCUGAAGGUGAAAGAAAAGCAGUCGAAGGCGGAGGGAGAGCUGGUGGAGAUGGAGAGGAAGCACCAGCAGCUGGUAGAGGAGAAGAACAUCCUGGCCGAGCAACUCCAGGCGGAGACGGAACUGUUUGCUGAGGCCGAGGAGAUGAGGGCCCGUCUGGCAGUCAAGAAACAGGAACUGGAAGAGAUUCUAAGAGACAUGGAGAUCCGAAUGGAGGAAGAAGAGGAGAGAAACCAAGUUCUGCAGAAUGAUAAGAAGAAGAUGCAGGCUCAUAUCCAGGAUCUGGAGGAACAACUAGAUGAAGAAGAAGCAGCUCGACAGAAGCUACAGCUGGAGAAAGUAACAGCAGAAGCAAAGAUAAAGAAAAUGGAAGAGGAUAUCCUUCUACUAGAGGACCAGAACUCCAAGUUUGUGAAGGAGAAGAAACUGAUGGAGGAGAGGAUAGGAGAGUGCACUGCACAGCUAGCGGAGGAAGAAGAGAAAGCCAAAAACUUGGCCAAGCUGAAAAACAAGCAGGAGAUGAUGAUCACUGACCUUGAAGAAAGAUUAAAAAAGGAGGAGAAGACACGGCAGGAGUUGGAGAAAGCCAAGAGGAAGCUGGAUGGUGAAACCUCUGACCUCGCAGACCAAAUCGCUGAGCUGCAGGCUCAGAUUGAGGAACUGAAGUUACAGUUGGCCAAAAAAGAGGAGGAACUGCAAGCUGCUUUAGCCAGGGGAGACGAAGAGGUGGUACAGAAGAACAAUGCUCUGAAGCUUGUGCGGGAGUUACAGGCCCAGAUUGCCGAGUUACAAGAAGAUCUGGAGUCUGAGAAGGCUUCACGUAACAAAGCAGAGAAGCAAAAGAGGGAUUUGAGCGAGGAGCUAGAAGCACUAAAGACUGAGUUAGAGGACACCCUGGACACCACGGCUGCCCAGCAGGAACUGAGGACCAAACGGGAGCAGGAAGUGGCUGAGCUGAAGAAGAACAUUGAGGAGGAAACCAAAAACCAUGAGGCUCAGAUCCAGGAAAUGAGGCAACGUCAAGCCACGGCCCUGGAGGAGUUGUCUGAACAGCUGGAGCAGGCCAAGAGGUUUAAAGUGAACCUGGAGAAGAACAAGCAGAGCCUGGACUCUGAGAACAAAGAGCUGGUCGGUGAGGUGAAGGUUCUUCAGCAGCAAAAGGCAGAGUCAGAGUACAAGAGGAAGAAGCUGGAGGGUCAGGUUCUGGAGCUUCACACCAAGGUGUCAGAGGGGGACAGAUUACGCGCUGAGCUGGCAGAAAAGACCAACAAACUUCAGAAUGAGCUGGAGAAUGUGUCGACCUUGUUGGAGGAAGCUGAGAAAAAAGGGAUUAAACUGGUCAAGGAUGUCACUGGCCUGGAGUCCCAGCUGCAGGACACACAGGAACUGCUCCAGGAAGAGACUCGGCAAAAGCUGAACCUAAGCAGCCGUAUCAGACAGCUAGAGGAGGAGAAGGGCAAUCUACUGGAGCAGCAAGAGGAAGAGGAGGAGGCCCGCAAGGCCCUGGAGAAGCAGAUUAUCACCCUCCAGGCGCAGCUAAUAGACUCAAAGAAGAAGCUGGAAGAUGAUGUGGGCACCAUUGAGGGGUUAGAGGAGGUGAAAAAGAAGCUCUUGAAGGACAUGGAGCUAUUGGGUCAGCGCUUGGAAGAAAAGAGCCUGGCUCACGAGAAGCUGGAGAAGACCAAAAACAGACUUCAGCAAGAGCUGGAUGACUUGAUGGUGGACUUGGAUCACCAGAGACAAAUUGUGUCCAACCUAGAAAAGAAACAGAAGAAGUUUGACCAGCUUCUUGCUGAAGAGAAGACCAUCUCAGCCCGAUGCGCAGAGGAACGUGACCGGGCCGAGGCGGACGCACGGGAGAAGGAGACCAAGGCUUUGUCACUAGCCAGAGCCCUGGAGGAAGCCCUGGAGGCUCGUGAUGAGUUUGAGAGGCUAAAUAAGCAGCUGAGAGCAGAGAUGGAAGACUUGAUGAGCUCCAAAGAUGAUGUGGGGAAGAGCGUUCACGAGUUGGAGAAAUCGAAGCGAACCCUCGAGCAGCAGGUGGAAGAGAUGAGAACUCAGCUGGAAGAACUGGAAGAUGAACUGCAAGGCACUGAAGAUGCCAAGCUGCGGCUGGAGGUCAAUAUGCAGGCCAUGAAGGCGCAGUUUGAGCGAGACCUACAAGCACGCGAUGAGCAGAACGAAGAGAAGAAACGCAUGUUGGUCAAGCAGGUGCGGGAGCUUGAGUCAGAGCUGGAAGACGAACGCAAACAGCGAGCUCUGGCUGUGGCUGCCAAGAAGAAACUGGAAAUGGAUUUGAAGGAUCUGGAGUCUCAAAUCGAAGCGGCCAAUAAGGGACGAGAAGAUGCCAUCAAACAGCUGCGCAAGCUGCAGGCGCAAAUGAAGGACUAUCAGCGGGAACUCGAAGACGCCAGGGCAUCUCGCGAUGACAUCUUCGCUCAGUCUAAAGAGAAUGAGAAGAAGCUGAAGAACCUAGAAGCUGAAAUUCUUCAGCUUCAGGAGGAUCUCGCAGCUUCUGAACGUGGUCGCCGCCACGCCGAGCAGGAGAGAGAUGAACUCGGUGAUGAGAUCUCAAACAGCACCUCAGGAAAGUCGGCCCUCCUGGACGAGAAGAGGCGCUUGGAAGCCAGGAUCUCCCAGCUGGAGGAGGAAUUGGAAGAGGAACAGAGCAACAUGGAACUUCUCAAUGAUCGAUUCCGCAAAACCACUCUCCAGGUGGACACUCUCAAUGCCGAGCUGGCUGGGGAACGCAGUUCGGCCCAGAAGAGCGAAAACGCACGACAGCAAUUGGAGCGCCAAAACAAGGAGCUGAAAGCCAAAUUACAGGAACUGGAAGGGACUGUCAAAUCCAAGUUUAAAGCCACUAUCGCUACCUUGGAAGCAAAGAUCGGACACCUGGAAGAGCAGCUGGAGCAGGAGGCCAAGGAAAGAGCUGCGUCCAAUAAACUGGUACGCAGAACUGAGAAGAAGCUGAAGGAGGUCUUCAUGCAGGUGGAAGAUGAGCGCAGACACGCCGACCAAUACAAAGAACAGAUGGAGAAGGCCAACACUCGCAUGAAACAGCUGAAGAGGCAGCUGGAGGAAGCCGAAGAAGAAGCCACCAGAGCUAACGCAUCAAGGCGCAAGCUGCAGCGAGAGUUGGACGAUGCGUCCGAAGCCAAUGAGGGUCUGACCAGGGAAGUGACCACUCUGAAGAACCGACUAAGGCGGGGCGGACCCAUAUCCUUUUCCUCAUCGUCCAGCCGCUCUGGUCGCCGACCAUUGCAGAUAGAGGGCACAUCUAUCGACCUCUCAGACGAUGAGACGGAGAGCAAAACCAACGAGGUCAACGAGACAUCAGCCUCCACCCCAACUGAGUGACUUCCUCUCCAAGAAUUCCUCUGCCCAUCAGGAAGGGACACUAAACUGCUCACAGCAGCAAUACAGGUCAUACAGACAAGAGAGCCCAGGGGGGGGGGAGCCUGUAACAUCCUCUUCUCAGGCCACUCCGCUUCGCUAUAAAUCCCAAUCCGCCGAACCAAUCUCCUGCUGAAGUGCCCUUUUCUGCAGGAAGGAAGAUGGAAGCCAUCCUCUUCCACCACCCCAUAUCCAGAAGGCAGCCGUGAGAAGGGGUUCUGUGCUCUGCGUUAUCAUACAGACUUAAUUUCUUUCCUCUUUCUAGCAUCAUCUGGACAAAAUUAAAACAAAACAAAAAAA